CCGUAUAGGAAGGGAGAGUAGGAAACAUUUUUCGCUCGCCAAACAAACGACACAAGAAAAGAACAUUUCCAAAUUCUUCACUCGGGGAAAGCAAUUUUUUUCUGUGUGUGUGCGUGUUAGUGUUCAAUAUUUAACACAGCGUUUGAGUUUCUUUUCAUAACUACCAGCCAAAUUAGCAUAAAUCAUGUCGAUCUUUCGCAUUUCUGCAAGUAAAAUUGUCGACGCACAGAAAGUUCCGGCUAUUGGAGCUUACGUGCGUCAAAUAGCUUCCGAAACCCGCACCCUUCGCGAAGUGCUGGCCUGCAAAAUACCUGAGGAGCAGGAGCGUAUUAAGGCAUUCAGGAAGCAGCAUGGUGGCACAAAGAUGGGUGAGACAACCAUCGAUAUGAUGUACGGUGGCAUGCGCGGCAUCAAGGCACUGGUCACCGAGACCUCUGUGCUGGAUCCCGAUGAAGGUAUUCGCUUCCGUGGCCUAUCCAUUCCCGAAUGCCAGAAGGUGCUGCCCGCCGCUGAAGGCGGCACCGAGCCACUGCCGGAGGGCCUGUUCUGGCUGCUGAUGACUGGCGAUGUGCCCAGCAAGGAGCAGGUACAGCAAUUGUCCUGCGAAUGGGCCGAUCGCGCCGCACUGCCCCAGCAUGUGGUUAACCUGCUGAACUGUAUGCCCACCACUCUGCAUCCGAUGUCCCAGCUGUCGGCUGCCGUUGUAGCCCUCAAUCAUGACAGCAAGUUCGCCAAGGCCUACUCUGAGGGUGUGCACAAGUCCAAGUACUGGGAAUAUGCGUAUGAGGACAGCAUGGAUUUGAUUGCUAAACUGCCAGUGGUUGCUGCCACAAUUUAUUGUAAUACCUAUCGCGAAGGCAAGGGCUCCCGUUCGAUUGACUCGAGCCUGGAUUGGUCGGCCAAUUUUGUGAAAAUGCUCGGUUAUGAUUCUCCCGAAUUCACAGAGCUCAUGCGUCUCUAUCUAACCAUUCACAGUGAUCACGAGGGUGGCAAUGUGUCCGCUCAUACUGUACACUUGGUAGGAUCAGCUCUCAGCGAUCCCUAUCUAUCUUUUGCUGCCGGCAUGAAUGGUUUAGCUGGUCCUCUGCACGGCUUGGCCAACCAAGAGGUGCUUGUUUGGCUGCGUAAACUGCAAAAGGAGGCUGGCAACAAUCCGUCAGAGGAUCAGCUGAAGGAUUACAUCUGGAAGACGCUGAAAUCCGGACAGGUUGUCCCUGGCUAUGGUCACGCUGUGCUACGCAAGACCGAUCCUCGUUAUACCUGCCAACGCGAGUUUGCCCUCAAGCAUCUGCCCGAUGACGAGCUGUUCCAGCUGGUAUCAAAAAUUUACACUGUGGUGCCGCCAAUUCUAACUGAACUUGGCAAGGUGAAGAACCCCUGGCCCAAUGUUGAUGCCCAUUCGGGUGUACUGCUGCAAUAUUAUGGCAUGAACGAGAUGAACUACUACACCGUACUGUUCGGUGUCUCCCGUGCUCUUGGCGUGCUCGCCUCCCUUGUUUGGGAUCGCGCUCUUGGCCUGCCCAUCGAGCGUCCCAAAUCCCUGUCCACCGACGCGCUCAUUAAAAUGGUGAAGAAGUAAACUAAGCAAAGCGAUUCAAGGAUGGACAGACUGCAUUUUCCAAUGCAGCCAGUAGUGGCAGGGAGGAAGGAAGCAAGUUCUAAAGAUGUAGCAAGCAGAAGGAUAAGAACACAAAAAAAAAGAAAAGAAACAACAAAAAACAAAAAAAAAAAAAAAA